GGGGAGAUUAUUACUUAUCAAUGAGAGUUUUUAAAAAUGAAGGACUGGAGGAUUUAAAGGGAUGUAAGCUCCUUUGCUGCUUACCAGGCCCUGACUUAAUUUUCAUUCUCAAACUUUGCUUGAGGUAAGAUUAAGACUAUGGAUGACUACAGGACGGCUUAAAAUGUUUAAAUAACACAGAUGCUGAUUGAAAUGUUAAUUCUGAAUAGCUUUGGGAAGGGAUUUGGUUUCGUGAGUGGACCCUGAGGUCUUCCUCCUGCCUGCAGCUCCUCUGGUGGGAUGGAAUGUCGCCUCUACCCCUUCCCAUUGGCCUGGCAUGUUUGUCCAGGUGUCUGCCUCUUUCAUAAAAGACAAGGAUUGUUGGACCUAGCAAACAUUCAGCAAGUGCUGCAGCAAAGAAAAAUGAGCCGACGUGCUUAUUUGGUGGUUUUACUUUUGUGUCUUGGGUUAAUGUGCCCUCUCGUAAUGGGAAUUUUUAUGGACAAGCUUGCCAGCAAGAAGCGCUGUGCUGAUGACGACUGUGUCUACACCAUUUCCCUUGCCAGAGCAGAAGAGGAUUAUAGUGCUCCAGACUGCAGAUUCAUUAAUAUUAAAAAAGGGCAGUUGAUUUAUGUUUACUCAAAACUAGUGAAAGAAAAAGACUCUGGAGAAUUCUGGGCUGGAAGUGUUUAUGGAGAGCAGUAUGAAGACCAUAUGGGAACAGUUGGUUAUUUCCCUAGCAGUUUAGUCUCAGAACAACAUGUCUAUCAAGAAGCAAAUAAGACUGUUCCUACAACGUGCUGCUACUUCUGAACCAUUGAAUCACACUGAAUAGAAUAGACUCGCCACAAUAGACUGUGUACUACAAAGCAGUGUUUGAUUGCUUGUCUUCCUCCCAUCACUUAAAACUGGCUAUUUGCUGCCUAAGAUGAAAGUACUUUCAUUACCCGUAAGCAUCUGCUCUGAAACAGCUCCCCACCUUCUGCCUCCACUGGACGGCUAUCUGCGAUACGCUGGUCUGAUGUAGAUGUUGUACAGUUUGAGCACCACAGUGUGAUAAUUCCCUGCAGCAGAAUCAAAAUCUACAUAGCCAUAUAAGAUAAUAGCAGGAAGUUAGAUGGAAGCAAUAUGCUAUAGAAAUCUAUCCCAUACUGUAAGUUUUCAAUCAAAAUACUGGCAUUUAUUUUCUAGUCACGGUUCUCCAUAGCAAGCAUAUUGCCUGGCGUCUGUCUAAGCCAUCCUUUUCAUGCAUGAUGGGGAACUGUUUAAGGAUAAAGGGUUACCUGGACUUAUUAGUCAUAUGUCUGGAUAUGGGAAUACAAAACAAAAAAGGGACAUUUCAUUUGAAAUCAGGGAAGAGGUGGUGUUUCCUAAUUCACUUUAAAAUUUAUGGCAGGAACAAAUCAUCCCAGCUAUGCAAAAGGAGUCAAAAGAUGAAGGACCAUUUUCCUUUCCUGAAUUAUGUGAAGUUAAUUUAUUUAUAGAGAACAUACUUUGAGUAGUGUGUGUAUUCAGUGUUUGCAUCUACUGAUGUACCUUUGGGGGAUGAUAAAGUAACAAUAAUCCUUCAGUAAUCUCAAGACAUCUUUCCUUUUAACUCUCUUUCAGGACAUUGAUUUCUUCUGUGAAUAGGGCUGAAAGCAGUCAGAUAAUCUCUCGGCUGCUACCAGAAAAAGCUGACAGGAGGAAACCUCAACUCCCUGAACACACAGCCCUUCCUGUAAUAGAUGUUUGUAAAAUGAGUAAUCCUUCUUCAGAACAAGAAAAUUUUUGUUUAAAGGGAAUAAUUUGAGAUGGGGAAAUAGUCCCAGACAGAAUUUGUUCUUUAGAUUUUUUUUUUUUUUACCUGCAUAUACUUUGUUCUUGUUAAUAAAGCUAAUAGCCUUUGAGUUGCUGUAAGUCUGUGUGGUAUAAAUAUUUUAUGUAUAGGAUAACCUGCAUUUAUGGGAUGACCUGCAUUUUCCUGUCAUAACCUUACACCAUGUAUUAGGUAUUACAAAUACCUUCCUUGGAUAAGCUGUCUGUGACUUGCUGGAAUAAAGAAUUUUUAUUGCAACAGCUAUCCAAUAACUAAGAAAUCACCAGUAACUAUAUAUAAACUUCGUCAGUAUGUCGAAAAGACUCUCGCACGUUGUUUGUGCUGGUACAGGGCAGGUUCAAGCUGAAGCUGGAGCAUGAGGUUGUGUGGGAUGGUGCCAGGCAUGGCAUCCUCUGGCUUGGAGGGAGUGACAGUGCCCUGUUGCUCCCCUGAGUGCUGGUACAGAAGGUGUGUAGCCUCUCCUAAAUGCUCAUAGAACAGGGGUGGGUACUCUGCCUUAGCAGCUUCAAGUUUCUUCUUUUGGGAGCCUGACAGUGGGUGAAGAUCCUUUGGUCUUGGAGAAUGCCCGGUGCCUCAGCUGACUGAGAGCCUUCCAGAAGAGCAGGGAUGAGCACCUGCCAGUGUGGCAGCCAAUUGGAAUCAGAUGUUGUCUGCCACCUCUUGCCCCCUGGGGGGCAAGGCUGGGGAGGAGGAAAGGACUGCCUGAGGCAUAAUGGCAGUGAGGGUGCCUGUCCUUUGUGCUCAUCUCCUGCUCCAUCCUCUACUGCUUCCACCCAGGAUGGGGUGAUUUGUGGGGAGCCAUCAGCUGAGAUUCCUGCCCCAAGACUGGGAAUUGUGUCAGGCAGUAGUAAGUACACCUUAGGCUGAAAGUAAUCGUUUGCCCUCUGCGCUGCCAGUUUGGCCACAAAAAGUGAGUUCUGCAGGUACGUUUUCCUUAUUCUGGAGAGGCUGAAUGACAGAAUAUUUUAGAGCUAGUAGUAUUUGUCAAAGACCUCUAAUAGGGUUGUCUGUAAACAAACAGCUACUUUUUAACCAAGAAAGUGAGUUUUCAGCUGGAUCCUCCCACUCAGCACAGCUGUCCAAGGUGUGGUGUUUGCAGUGGCAUACAUUCACUUUAUACAGGCCUGCUGCUUGGUGGAAGUGCACCCCACGCCUGGGCACACGGUAGGAGCUGUGAGGAGCAGAAUAGCAGUAGGUGUUUGCAGACAACACGGAAAAUACAUUCAGUUGCCCUGUGGUUAUGAAUAAAAUUUGUCAGGUGAGGUUUAGCAUUUGCUAUUGGAAAACAUGUUUUUCCCCAAAUCAUCAUCUCAUAUAAUUUCUUACAGUUAUUAAGCUACUGUGUUCUACAUGAAUGUGUAAGAGGCAGGUGUAAAAAGGUUUAUAUACUUUUCUCCACAAGGUUGCCAUCCUUUCCUUUUCAGUUACAGUGCAGGAGUUCCAAGCCAGAACCGGGCAUUCUAUGGUAUGAAGUAUGACCAUUGUUUAUAGUAAUUGACAUUGCACUUACUCCUUAACCCACAUCCUCGAAUAGAAAAGCUUGCUAAUGUAAUUGGUUUCAGCUCCUGUUUGCUCUUUAACCAGCUUGUGUGAACUAUGGGUACUUCAGACUGCAAAACAACUGAGAGAAGAAUACAGCCUGCUGUGAACUUUUCCACAGUUACAGCAGGACUUGGGCCAUCGUGGCAGAAUGUGGGCAGAAUAUAUUUAUUUCUCUUUGCCUUUUCCCUGGCUGCACUGGGCUGUGGUGAUAUCUUCUGUGCAGAAAAUAACUCUGCAGGCUUUCAAGGGGCAUCAAAGUCUGUCUUUGCUACUUGAAAAUCUAAUUCUAAGGGAAGUCAGAUAAGGGUUCGCUUUCUGGUGUUCAUAAAACAUCUGGCUGUGAAGAAGCAUUAUACUGGUAAAGAUACUUGUCUACUGAAUUAAAGGCUUCAAAGUGCAACUGUUGGAUGAUCUCCAAUCUACUGAAGUUUAAAGCACCUUUUGUCUGCACAAUGUCGUAGGCACUAGUUUUAUACAUUUACAUUGUGUAAAAACUGUCAUCUCACAAGUGGUGGUGACCUAUGCCACAAUCUGAACUCUGGUGUGAUGGACUUGAUAAAUUUAUAGCUUCAUCCUGUGACAUUGAUGGGAUUCUUUUUCUAGUUGUCCAAAGGAGAAUUGUGACUUCAUUCACUCAUCACCAGAGAUGUGACACAACGAAUGCAGCAAUUCCUGAUCUUUAUGGUCAUUACCUCUCUGAGGGCAAUCUCUUUGCUGUAAACUCUACACCGAGAAGAUGUAUUGGGUAGAUUCACUUUGCAAGGGUUUGUGUGUGUACUCAGAAGAGUGGAGAAGUUGCAGUCUGAUAUGGUCUUUUCACUCUAGAGAAGAGGCACAGUCUGUCUCAGUUGUCAUUUUAUUGUAAAUUUCACAAUGUUUGAUUAAUUUAAAA